AUGCAGGACGAUGAUGCUCCGUAUCCCGGAUUUUCUGCAAAAUGCCCUAAACCGAUUGGACGCUUGGAAAACGAACCACCAGAAAAGCGCGCACGACUCGAUGGUCAAUUUGUGGUUUCACGAAGGGAAUCGCUCUACGAAAUAUCGCUUGGACCACUUGAAUUCUUCACUCGGCAACGCUUCGCAAUUGCUCGACGAAGUGAGUUGGUCAAAAGUUAUCCAAAUGCUCGGGUAUUCAGCCAAGAAAUUUCCGAAGAGAAUGGAGGUCGACACUACAUUGUGACGACUUUGGAAAGAUUCUGGUAUUGGUAUACGAAUCAAGCGAUAAGAAACAUUUAUGAAGUCAUCGAAUUGGACAAACCGUGUCGACUCUAUUUUGAUCUUGAAUAUUCGAAAGAGAUCAAUGGGAAUAUUGAUCAUCAACGACUCUACGAAUACUUCAUUGAGACGAAUAUUUCACUUUUGAAGGAACUCUUUGAUGUUGAGGUUCAAAAAUCCGACUUUCUGGCACUCGAUUCGUCAAAUGAUGCAAAGUUUUCAUGUCAUCUUAUUGGGCAUUUGACAAAGAAGGACUAUUUGUUUGCAAAUAAUGUUGCUAUUGGAUCAUAUACGAAGCAACUAAAGCAACGACUACUUGACAAUCCUCCACAACGCAUUUUCAACGCAGAUGGUCAAGAAAUCGUUCUUUUUGAUGAGGGAGUUUAUACAAAGAAUCGAAACUUUCGCUUGUUCUUGUCAACUAAGCUAGGGAAAGAUCGAUUCUUGAAACAUGCCAUGUAUUGCACUUUUUAUGGAUCCGCAGAAUCGAAGUCAAAACAAAUUUUUUUUGAUGCGUUGUGCGUGCCGGCAAAUCUUUCUAGUCACGAGAACAUUCUGCCCGAUCUGGAGUCGCCUUUGUCUCGUGUUAGUGAAACAGCAAGUUCAGCGGCUCAACAACUACAACCACUCGAGUAUGUUCGUGAAGGGAAUGGACUUUCUCCAUUCAUUGAAUUGGAAGAAUUUCUACUUCAAAUGUUUCGACGAUGGAAACCCGAUGUUUACAUGCGACAAUGGAAAGUAACAAUUGACAAAAAUAAAAAACCAAUUAUCACAUUUUAUCCUGCAAACUGUCGUUAUUGCUUCAAAAUUGGUCGUCAACACAAAAGCAAUUCACAAUUUUGGGCAGUGAAUGUUUCGAAAGGCGAUGUUGUUCAACGAUGUUUUGACCCCGAUUGUCGUUCAUUUACUAGCAACUAUUUUCCCAUUCCUAAAUCGAUUAUGGAAGCAACUCGAAAGAGGUUGAAUGCGGACAAAGAGGCUGAGGAAAAUGAAGAUCCACUUGAAAUUUUGCUGGAGUCGAAAAGUGAUAAACAACCUUGCCUUACUCAGUGGAACGGGAUUUUUGAUGAA